AUGGGAUUAUAUCUAGGCCUUAUUAGACUUGCCAUUGUCCUUUCAAACGUUUACUGGUCCUUCAAGUCUCUCAAACCUCCACGGCUCAGUAGGCGCGGCGAUGCACCUACGGCUCGCGCGAUAGCCGCUAGAAAGAGAGAGAUAAAAGCGUGCCUGAGCGUAUGGAUUAUAUGGGGCUGUUGGAUCCAUGCUGAACGAGUGUGCGACAGGUCUAUUGGGAUUCUGAUCCCAUUUUACGAGGAUAUGAAAGCGAUAUUCUUGAGCGUUUUCUUUUUAUGUCGUGCCGCGGUCGCGGAACCGAUCCUGCUUUAUUUCCUACGUCCUCUUAUCAAGCCCUACAUAGUCACGAUUGAUUGGAGCCUUGAUAUUUUUACUUUUUUUGCCGGUCUCAUCACCUAUCUCCUUUGUCUGCCUUAUCGUUAUGUGCGGACCUGG